AGUUCCAUAAUAUGCGAGAAAGCCCAAAUUUCAAUUGAAGAGUGGAGGGUAAGCUAGGCUCGUCGUCCACCUGAAAUCUGAAAACUUUUCCAUGCAAACAUACAAAACCGAAUUCCGCCAACUUCUCCCUCUUUAUCUCCCUUCCUUGUAUCUUCCGAGAGAAAUGAAGGCGUCUCUGAAAGGCCGAUACACAAACGACAAGAGCACCGCCGUCGUUACUCUUGCCGUCAAGGCCGGCGAUGUCAAGUUACUCGCCUCCAUGAGUGAUGUCACCGUCGUCAAAGGUCCCAGGCUCAACAAUCUUACUUUAACCGUUGAAAAACCAGCCUUCUUCAUCUUCGACUAUGAUGUCCCCAAGAAGGAUUUUCGGUUUCAGUUUAUGAACUCAAUCAAGGUUGCGGAGAAACCGUUGAAGCUCACUUACAAUCACGGCCAUGGGGAAAACCGAACGGUGAUGGACGGGUCACUGGUGUUGGAUUCGGCGAACAAAGUGUCGGUUAAUUACAUGUUCGGAACGAGGAACUUUAAGCUGAAAUAUAGUUACGUGCACGGAGGGGUUACGACUUACGAGCCAUGUUAUGAUUUGGGGAAGAAUGCGUGGGAUUUUUCAGCUUCGAGGAGAUUAUAUGACGAUGUUUUUAAGGCGACUUAUGAGUCAUGGAGUCGGGACUUUGCCCUGGAGUGGUCCCGAAAUUCCAAGUUUAAUGGGACAUUUAAGAUAUCAGCAACCAUCAACAUGGUUGGAGAAUCGAAGAUUCCUAAAGUAUUUGCAGAGAGUACUUGGGAUUUGGAAAUGUGAUUUGUUGUUGUUGUUCAUCAACCUUUAUCCAGAUUCAUGUUUUGAAUUGUAUAGGGUUUGGACAAACUGCUUGCCAAGUUGGAGACGAAAUCAAUAGGAAAUAAAAGCUUUACCCAAUGUAUAUGUAAACAGACUCUCUAGAUUAUUAUUUUACACUCCUUAAUUCAUCGGUUAAUGAAAUUACCAUAUU